CAAGCUAAGGAGGCACCAUUGCUUGUCGUCUGAUCCCCGCCGGGCGCGUGUCGCUGCACAAGAUGACGACGGCAACAGCCGUUGGCAGCGUCGCCGACCGCAUCAUGCCGCACCUCCUCAACAUAUAUGGAUCGUCUGCGACGGCACGGGACUUCGAGAUUUACGCGCCAAAUGCGACGUUUGAGGACCCGCUCAUGCGAGCUCACGGGGUUAAGCAGAUCAAAUCAGCGUUCUACACGCUGCCAAAGGUGUUUGGGGAAUCCAAGAUCACCGAAUACACCGUACAAGAGAAUCCCAUGGGGCCGGGCAAGACCGAGGUGGUGAUCCAGAACAAGCAGCACUACAAGGUGCUGGGCAAGCCGGUGGAUCUGACGUCGCUCAUCAGGCUGCAGCUCCAGGACGGCAAGGUGGUCAAGCACGAGGACUGGUGGCACGGGAAGCCUCUCAAGAACAGGGACACGGUGGGCGUGCCGCUGGUGGGCCGACUCGCAGAGGCCAGCCGCCGGGGCGCCAUGCUGCUCACCCACGCACUCAUGGGCUUCGGCAAAGACCCAACCCAGCCUCCUCCUCCUCCUCCGACACAUUGAAUUCGUCAGACUCGUAGUCUGAUCAAUCCAACGAAUCAUAUACGUUUGUAUAUCUAUCUGUCUGUCUAUCUUCGCAUUGUUACUCUCACGCAUAACACCUGGACAUUAUUUUCUUUUGUUGUGUGCACAAAGCUUAGAACCUAGUUUGGAAACCCAUGUCACUCCAGAUUUGAGUAAAAGUCUUUCUAAAGCUC